UGAAUUUAGAUAAUAAAAGGACGAAAGUUCGAAGACUUCAAUUAUUUAUUGUAACUGGUAUAUAUAAUGAGAUAUGAUGUUUACGCUUUGUGUUGAUAUGAUUCGAGCCGGUAGCCCGCGUGUUUAAUCAACGAAUAUGUAUAUAUAUAUAUAUGUAUGCAUAUUCCUUGGUUCCGUUCAGUCGUCAGUUCAUCGAGUAUCGAAAUUGCAAAAACGAAUAGACGAUCAAACAAGAUAAUAAUGUCGUCGAAAGAAAACGCCGAUAAUACUUAUAAUUCUAAUAAAAAACCAAAUAAACCCUGGUGGAAUAAUGAAUGUGAGGAAGCUGCCAACAAGAAACGAGCAUUACUUCGUGACAUAGGGCAGCCAUCAGACCAGUCUGAGUCCGAAAGAUUUGAAGAUUACAAAGCUGCAAAAAUGUAUCUAAAAAAUGUCGUCAAAAAAGCUAAAGCGAAAUUUUUAAGAUGCUUAUCCACAUUUACAAAAUCAGGUGGAAAUUUCAUCGUCUCGCGAGGCAGCAAUAAAUGGACUUAUAAAUUUGAAAGAAAUUACAGUAUUUCCUGUAAUGAACCAUGGAGUAUUUUGUUUUUUGGCACAGAUGAGUUUGCCCUGUACAGCCUUCAAGCUUUAUUUAAUGAAUAUAAACAGAAAAGACUCCUCCAGCGAUUGGAGAUUGUUACAAAUUAUAAAGGACAGGAGAAUUCUUUAAUAGCGUAUGCUACAGAAAAUAAUAUUGCAGUGCACAGUUGGCCACCUCAAAUCAAAGAUAAUGAGUUUGAUAUUGGUGUGGUGGUUUCAUUUGGCCACUUGAUACCUUCAAAAAUGAUCAAACUGUUUCCAUUGGGGAUGAUCAAUGUUCAUGGCAGUUUGUUGCCUAGGUGGAGAGGUGCUGCUCCAAUUUGCCAUGCAUUGAUGAAUGGAGAUACUGUUACUGGUGUUUCCAUUAUGAAAAUAAUGCCUAAAAAGUUUGAUAUUGGCUCUGUGAUAGCUAAAAAAGAAGUAGUAAUUAAACCAGAUGAAACGUACAUAGAUCUGUACAAUAAAUUAGGAAAGUUAGGCUCUAUUGUUUUAGUUGAAUCAAUGUACAGUUUACCUAGUAUACUAAACACUGCCACACCACAAACUGAGGAACAAGUAACCUAUGCACCAAAAAUAACUCAAAAGAACUCGUUUAUCAAUUGGAAAGAGAUGUCAGCUCAAGAUGUAUAUAACUUGCAAAGAGCACUUCUAGGGAUUCACCCAUUGAGAGCUUAUCUUGAUAACCAAAUAAUUAAACUAUUAGAUAUAAAGUGUGUUGACGAUCCCACUAGUGUUCACUGUACACAAGAAAAAUUUCCAGGAUUAGCUAUAUUUGAUAAGAGAAAAAGAGCACUGUAUAUUUCUUGUCAAGGAAAUAGUUGGAUAUCUGUUAAAACAGUGAUUAUACCUGGAAGGAAACCUCUGUCAGCAGUUAAUUUUAGUUCUGGAUUUAUUCAAAAUCGCAAGGAAAAGUUCUGCAUAUUUAGUUGAUAAGAACGCUUUCCUUUGUUUGUAAAUAGGAAUUGUUAACGUAAAUUAAACUAAUGUAAAAAGAUCUAUAUUGAUAGAAAUCAAUUAGUUUUAUUUCAUUCGCGUAAAAUACAAUUUAUUUUCAUAAGAAUGACAUAUA